UACCAUCAAAGUUCAACGCCAGCCAGAAAACCGAGUAACUUGAAUCGAAUAGAAAACCUGUGCUGUGACCAAAAAUCUUUUGCGUACGAUCGUGAUUUCCUCUCCAGCCAGUGCCCUUCGGAAUUGGGCGCAGAAAAUCGGCGGCCCGUGUGCUGUGACCCAUAUUUGUCUGGUGAACCCUGCGAACGACGAAGCCGGAAACCGGUGAUUACCCGCCGACGGUCGACGAAACCGAAAUCAACCCAUCUGGAACACGUGUGUGGCUGUGGCACGUGUUUUAUCUGGAGAGACGUCCCAUCAUCAUGGGCCUGCUUGGAUGGAUCAAAAAAGACAAACGCCACCGAAGGCGCGACAGUGCACCACCAACGAUUGGCCAAGACCAGGAUGUGGCCUAUCGGGAGGCACUGGCAAAGUUCAACGAUUGGCGAGCCCAGCAGCGCAACAGUGACAUCGUUCCGGGUGAUCAACUUCCGCACAGCGACUCGACGAAAGAGUCGAGCACCUUCCAGCCCCGCAUCUCGCUGGCCCACGGUCCCAUCAAGGAAGAAUCGUCCGGCGACGACAGUGACCUCGAGGAUGACUUCAGCUCCGACGUGGAGGUGGCACGCAGUGAGCGGAAGCUACUAAGCCGCAGCACGACCCGUUUCGAAGUCCCAAAGUCUCCCCGAUACGCUCGCCACCAUCGGGUCGCCGGACCAUCAGCCGGAACUGCUUCCCCUCUGCAGGCGGACGGUCCCCCGAAAAAACCGAAACGCUCGGUCGAGUUCUACCGCAACAUUAACCGCAUUCCCGUGGACGUGUCCACGCAAAACGUCACCGGCCAGUGGAACAACGGGCUGGGAGCGGUGGAGAAGAAUCACUCCAACCCGACCGACUUGAUGCGCCACUCUCUUCCCGUCACUCUCGGUACCGACCGGGCGGAACGAACGCACAAGCAGCCGAAGGCCGUUCCCAAGCCGAACAACACAAUCUACGAGAACGAGGUGGCUGAGUUUGAGGCACAUCAGUUCGACGGCACGUUCGGGGACUCGUACGUCGUGCAGAGCCCACCGCGGCUGUUCUACAAGGCCAACUCGAGCCCCUACUCCGACGGUACACCGAAGAAGCAGAACAAUCUUAAGACACGCCCACGAGCGUUCAAGGAUAAACCUGCUCCGGCGCCACCGGCGGGAGCGAUGAGCGUCGCUCCGGUUUCUUCCAGCUGUCCGACGAAGCAGCGAAAGUAUAGUGAUUCCGAUUCGCCGCUGACCGGAUCGUACCGGAAGUACGAGCUGAACUCCUCGUCCGUCUACGACGAGCACGUCAUCUCCUCCAGAGCCUACCGGGGUACGAUGGUGCCGAAGGGUAGGGCGGAGGAUACGAAACAGCAGCAGCACAAAUCCCUCUCCUAUCAGACGGUCGUGAACAAGCACGGGGAUCUGGUCGACUACGCACUGCCGUUCAGCGAUCAUGCCGACACGACAGCGAGCGAAGCAAACGUUUUGGAUGUGGUCCAGCAUUCCCCGCAGCAGCAAGCUCCCGGUCAGGACACACUGGCGGAGAUACGGAACUGCGAGCAGCUGGUCAACGAUAACUUCCAGUUCCUGCAGUGUACCGCGCUGCAGGAUGACUCGACCAGCAUCAUCACCGAACCGAUCAGCGUGCUGAAGGGUCGCUCGGGUCGCAUGGUGACGGAUCUGGAUCGAUCCAACGGUAGCACCCUGAAGGACGUCGACGAGGAGCUCGAGCGGGAAGAUCGGCUGCUGCAGAGCCGACAGCAGGAGAUCGAUGUCCAGCUGGCGCAGCUGGCGCUGCAGGAGGACCCGCAGGACAUCCUGCUCGAGCUGGAUUCACUUCAGAAGUGGAGCAAGAGCAUUCAGAUGUCGGACGACUUUCUCCAAACGCGCUACAGCGAGCGGAACCUGCUGGAGUGCUUCCGGCGCACGGUGGGCACGAGCCUACCGACGUGCUACCCGAACGAGGUGCGCUAUCGUGUCGGAGGCUUGCGCAGUGCGUUUGGCAGUCCACUCGAGUUUUCCUGUGGAUUGUUCCGUGGGGCGGCGGUAACGCUGCGGAAGUACUCGCUGAACAUGGAACGUAGUUUGUACUUUGCCGAGGAAGCCUGCCGACGGGACUUUGAGGUGCUGUCUCAGGUACGCCACCCGACGAUGGCAACGCUGAUGGCCGUGGCGUACGAUGGGGCGCUAAACCAAGCGACUUUGCUUAUGGAACCGUUCGAUUUUACACUUUUCGAUUACAUUCACAAGAUGAACAAACGACUAUCACUGAUUCACGCGAUAACCGUCGUCCAGCAGAUUUCGUCCGCCGUCUGCUACCUGCAGCAGUGUGGUUACGUCCACUCGAACAUCUCCAGUGGAUGCAUCCUGAUGCGCCGCUAUCCGUACGCGGUCAAGUUAACGUCGUUCGAGCUCACGACGGACGCCGCGUCGGAUGAGGUGCGGCGUGAGAUCGAGAGCCGAUACGGAAGCACCUCUUCGUCGCGCAACUCGAUGACCUCGUCGCAGAACGACGAGCUGAAGAAGAUCACCACGUACGCCCGGUUGAUCAAGAAUGAUGAGCAGUUUCUGCGCGAUAAGUACCGCAAGCUGUCGAAGGAAAUGUGCGAGAACCGUUCGAAACCGUACCCCGCGUUUGCGUCGCUCGGUUCUGAAGGGUCCGAGUACGAUUGCCGUGCCAGUCGCUUCCUACCCUACUGCAAGGAGUACCGAGAGCGGUUCUCCCUGUUCUACUACGUUGCACCGGAGCUGCUCGUGCCGAAAUCGAGCUUCGUCUAUCCCAGCAAGAGCACCGAUGUGUACUCGAUCGCACUGUUGCUGUGGGAAAUCCUGAACGGGUACGUGCCGUUCGUGGUGUACAACCGGGCCGAGCUGGAAAAGCUGCACACUUCCACCGAUCUACCGUUGCCGAUGUUUGAGAAGGAGCGUUGCGAACGCUUCCGGCAGAUUUUUGAGGGUGGAUUGGGCGAUCUGGGGAACCGCAAAAUGAGCAUGGACAAUGUCGUUGAUCUUCUGGACUGUCUGCUGCUGGAGUUGGGCAUGGAGAAGCACGGUGCCCACGACUGGCUGGCGGAGGAUUACGAGGAACAGACCAACUCGUCUGAGGUGCGGCUCAAGAACGAACUAAAUGACGUACGUAAGCAAGGGGCACACGUUGAAAAGACGGACAAAAUUUACUUCCACACCGAAGAAUCGGAUCUGGCGAAGACCACCAAGACUGCAGGGGAGCAGCCGAGACCGAAGAAACCGGCACGUAAAUUGAAUCGCACGAAAGCGUUGAUCGGAGAGGAACCGGAGCCACGUACUCUUCCCACGACGGAACGCAGGAGUCCGCUGCCUCAGCGCCCACCCAGGGUGGGUAAGAAUGUGCUGCUGCCUUCGGACAAAAAGUCACCGCUCAGUUCCAGCUUCAGCCUGUCCAACUCGGCAAUCUAUCAGACGAUCUUUGACUUCAACAACAAGUUCCUGUCGCCCAAAUCGUCGUCCAAGCAGGUGGCUUACGAUCGAACCAGCACGGUAAAGAAACACAAGAAACCGCCGCGGGCCAGUAAGAAGGCUGCCAAAGAACUGUUUGAGGUGGUUGAUCAGUUGAACAAAAGUUUCAUCGAAAUAGACGGACAAGAGGAACCGGAAGCGACUACCAAGGGGAGUCUGGAGAAAUUGGCGAAAUCUGUAGAGCACCCUGAGUUGGACAAACAUUUUGAAGAGAAGCGAUCAGUUGAACCUUCCGAGGGCGCUCAUAGGCGAGAGCUGGCAACUGUACGUCCGAGUAGUGAUACGGACGAAAUGCACACUCCCGUUCCCCACGACCAUCCUUCGAAGUCUUGCGACAGUUCGCCGGGAACGCGACGACGUACGGGCACGCCAAAGUUGAACAACUCUUUCCGCUUCACGAUCGGCGACUUCACCCUCCCGGAUACACCGAUCGCGCGCAAGAAUAAGAUACGCAAGCACGCGUGGCUUUCCGAUCAGAAGCUAAGAAUGGCCAAUGACGAAUCGCUACCGAUGACACCGGAAGACUGUCGCAGCAAGUCGUUCUUCAAUGCUGGUUUGGCGACCCGAAGCGGUUCGUUCCUCACUUCGACGAACCUCAACAGCUCCGUCUCGCUGCAGGAUAUCAAACCGAAGCGCAUCAACAUCAGCGUGAACAUUAUACGCUCUCCCGAGGCUCCCAGAACCACGGUGGUGGUUCAGAAAAACAGUCCGCAGCUCCAACCUUCUGUCCCUUCGAGCGAGAAAUCACCCGGCGUAGCUAACGGAAUGUUUGAGAGUCUAUGGAAGAAGGAGAAAAUCAUAUGCGAACGAAGUCGUCUUCGGUUGCCCGGUGAGGAGGAAGAGUCGGAACAGCAGGAAGGACACGAAGGAGAAGAAAAACUUGAAACCGAACAAACUGCCACUCCCUUGGAUGACUCCCUGAGCAUUGUGACGGCGCACCUGACAUCGGUUCGGGAUGCGAUCAAAAAGAUUGAAACGACGUUCGAGAAAACGGGCUUCGAUUACAGCCCAGCGAGGAAAACGGAGGGUUCCGGACGGAAACCAUCCACCGGAGGUGCCCGGAACCUACCUGAUGGUUCGCUGGUUGUGGAAGAAAAUCUGCUUGUACCGACGAAGGUGCUCGAGUUGGAAAAGACACUCGAGGCGGAAGACGCGGCCGAGGCGAAGGAAGCAUCGGAAGCGCCCGAGCAACGAAAGGAUGUUGUGUCAACGUUACCCGUUCCUAUCUCAGCCCCUCCACCGUCUCCAUCGAACAAGACAUCGAGCGUGGAUUCGCCAAAUUUUGCGGUAACGCAUCUGAACGUGCUGCUUGGAAGCCAUCAGUCAAAGCCCAGGGAGGCACCAGUUUCUACGAAGGCCGAAAUUAAGGAAAGUACGCCAACACCGGCACAAGUUGCCGCCACUGUGCCGACAGGGUUUGCGCCGAACUCGCAGCUGUAUCUACGCAGAAAGGCUCUUAAUUCUGGCACGACCAACAGCAGUGUGGCCAUCCAUCAUCAGCAGACGGUAUACCGGGAGAGUAUUGUCUCGACCACCGAUCUAUCCGUUCCGAUUGCCGAAUCGUUUCCAGUUGGAGCCAGUGGAACAGGAGUAGCAGCAGCAGCAGCUGGCAGCUCGGUUCCGUUGGGAAGUGCUCGCAAAAAGAAACUUACCACCCGAGUCACGGUGAACAUGCGUAAAAUAUCGCGCCGUGCUUCGGACAUUAGUCCGGCAUCGUCACGGCCUAACUCGGCCAACCUGGAAGAUCUGGAGCUACCGUCAUCCGGGUGCAUCACGCCAACCGGAUCUGCCCCUUCCUGCCCGGGUGGUGUGAGGCACUCUUGUGGCAACGAGCUUCUGCGUGCUUUUUCGAAGCUAAGACUGAUCGCACCGGCAGUAGACGACCCGGGACAGAAGAGUGGUGCAGACGGAUCGACCCAAGUCGCACGGGCCCAAACCCCCGUGAACCUCGUGGCAUCCAAUUCCGGACAACCCGGUCAACUAACGGCCGCUGGUCGAGCGGAUCGGUUCGUGUGCUGCAACUGUGGCAAUUCGAUGAUACCGGCAGAAAGUUUUAAUGUACCCGCCGGAAGCCGCAUCGGUAUGGCGGCCGCUUUUGGCGACAUGACCUUCCCACGGGAGAGCGUCGCGUCCCUGUUCGAGCCCCCGAUGACACCGACGUCCGCUAGCACCCUGGCCGGUCGUUUUCACGCAAUGACUCCAUUCCAGAAAUCAACUGAAGACCUCUACAUCGAUGAUGACUUCUGCCAGGGGCUAAACCAUAUGGGCGCGAAUAUGGAGCUAGUUGAGCCGCUCGACGAGGGCCAAUUCCUCGACACCUACGGCUACGAUAUCUACGCGACGGAAAUCUAUCACGCCGAGGAGGAAGAGGAAGAGGACGCAGACGUAGAUGGGGCCGAUUCCGAGCGGGAGCUACACUUUGCCUACCGGAGCCACCUCACGACACCACUGGCCAGCGGCGAGUGCACCGAGGAUGAGGCCAAGUUUGUCGAAAAGUGUUCCCAGCUCAACUCCAACCAAAGUCUAGUGGCAGAAUUUCCAACGCUCACUUCCCCGCUCGACACGGCGCCACCGUUGCCACUGACACCGACUCCGACGAAAUAGUAGUAGAGAGAUAGGAAGAAGGCAAUAAGAACCAUUAUUACAUUUUUGAUAGAAGUUUUUUGCGAGGGUCGUUGUAUAUAUAACUCACCUCUAACGACUAUAAGAAUGAAAUUUCGAAACAUCAUUCAACCAGAUGAAUUUAUCUUUUGAUCUUUUCCGUACCGCAAUCGUGACCUUACAUACCAAGUAUUAUAUUUGUGACGUAUCAUAGAUAGAGAUUCCAGCCAGUAGUAGUUUCGUUAACACGAGUUAGCUUUUGUAGGGUUUAUGAAUAUUUAGCAUGUCCCACUUUUUGCGCUACGAACUCAUUAAUAUAUUUUCUCUUUCUGUGCUUCCAUACCCGAAUGCAUUAUUACUACGCCUUACCUAUAUUUAUUGUCCACCGGGAAAAGCAAACCCCGUGUGGUCGAUUAAACGUAAGAUCAAACAUUUCCAAUUACCAAACGGAGACGCGCACUAGAAUAUAUAUUUUUAUGUUUAGAAGCUGAAGGAUCAGAGAGGAUAGAAUAGUGAACUAUUAUAUUUGAAUGAAACAGUAUGUAUACACGAUGAAAUAACUGUAACGAUCGGUGCUUGUGUUGCGCCGCGGAUAUUAACUAUAGAAGCCCAACGGAAGGCACCUCAUCAAUCUCGAGCCGAAAA